AUGUUCCGAUAUCCUCCAGAAAUUACCUCAGUGCUGGCACCGCUGGUGGUGAUCCAGGGUCUCGGGGAGGAGAAAUUGCUGCUCAAACAGACCAGCGCCCCUGAGUUCCCCAAAGACAAGCAGAUACGGCUGCACGAUGCAAACUCUCCAGAUAAUCCGUUGGGCAGACUGCUGUCAGAUCCCGACACCAUUGAGCGCAGAUUGCCGACGGUGCAGGUUGCGUCCGGGCUAGAGCUGGCGCACGUGCUCAAAGACCACUCUCUCGACUCCGAAUACUGGUACAAACACGAUGAAAAUAAACAUCUCUCGUUCAGGUUCAAGUUCGCGGGAUCCACGUUCCAGCUGCCCCAACUUGCCGAACGGGCCGACGACGACAACAGCGAUUCGUCCGACGAGUCUGCUAGUGCUUCGCCCAUCUCGCCAUUCAACCCAGACUCUCCUUGCUACCGAUCGAUUCUGCCCCUGGAGUGGAUCCAGAAAUAUAGAGAGCUGCUGCCGUCUGUAUUCAUUGCCGUGCACGAACUGGACGCAGAGUCGGACGAAAACGACAAGACACUCGCACUGGAGCUUAACGCUACCCGCGAGAAGCUGGCCAAGCACGGCAUCAGGUUCGUUUGUCUGCUGCUCUGUUCGUCUCCCAGCACCCCGGAGCUGGAGGAAAGAGUGGCCACUUUGCGCAAAACCACGAGUCUGCCCUCGAAAACGGGCAUUCUCGUGCUUCCAGCCGGCAGCCAGAAGGAGCUGGAGUCGUUUGCGGGCGUGCUAAUGGCGCUGAUCCGGCCGUGGUGCAUAGAAUAUUACACUGCGCAGGAAAAAAAGGUGAAGAAACAGCAGCUCACAGACACCUCGUACAGCGAAAAAUUCUGGCUCGCGCGCCAGGCCCUAAAGAGCGCAGUUCUUGGCGAGCUGAAAGGCGUCACCGAACAGAGCACCAAGCUCAUGGAAUACUCCUACGAGAAGCUCAUUGACGUGAUACGCAGCAUAAGUCUCGAAACACAGCCAGAAAGAUGGCAGGAAUGUCGUUUGUUGCUCGACUUUGCCGGCAUGCACAUCACGCGUGGAUACCUGGUACUUGGAAAUGCCAACAUGGCGUACAAGAAGUUUGAUAUCCAUCUGCAGAACAUCCUGUCUGUGCUCCCGCCUCGUUCGCUGAAAUCGUACCCCGUGAUCUCGUGGCUCGCGCUGCAGCUGACCUGGCUCGCACAAUUGGUCGAGAAGUGUCCAGAAUCGAUUGUUCCUAUCGAACGGCCUUUCCAGCAGCACUCGGUGUCCAAAUGGUUUGGCAAUGCCGCCGACGGGCUGCCCAUGCCGCACGGUGGAUACAUAUAUCUGCAGGCGUGCUCUUUGGUCCACCGCCGCCAGAUCCAGGCGGCCAGCGGCGUCGACGUCUACGACACGUACAUGGCGCUGAGUCCGGACGAGGAAAGACACUUUGAUUACCACGGGACGCGCGUCCGCCUGCUGUCGCGCGCGCUGGAGCUGUUCACGAGAGCGAAAAAGACAAAAUUCAACAGAAGCGAGUCGUACGUGUACUACCAGCUGGGAGAGGAGUACUUUGGUGUGGAGAACUACUCGAUGGCCGCAAACAACUUCCUUGUGGCUCUUUCUGUGUUCAAGAACGAAAAAUGGAACCAGAUCGUGGCCAUUAUUUUGUUCAGGCUGUUCCAGUGCUGUGUGAAGCUGGAAAAUUAUAGGGAUGCACAAAUAUACCGGCUGCAGCUUUGCACGCUGGAGGACCGGUUUGUGGCACAGUUCAGAGAUGAGCUCGCGCAGGAGGUGCCGGGCGACGAGCCUGUUGUGUUGAAGGAGCCGCUGUUCGACAGUCACGUGGUCUUCAGACACCCGUCCGUCUCGCUGCACGAAAACGCGCACUUCCAGCUGUAUCUGCGUCCGCUGGUGAACAGCCUCAUGUCAGAGCUUAUUGUCGAGCGCGUGGAGAUUGCCUUUGCUGGCGAGGAGUUCCAGGUUGUCGUUAAGAACGACGCUGGGCCGAGCACGCCGUUCAGUAUUGUCGCAGACGGUUGCGCAAACCUUGACUUUUCAGACAAACAGGCCAAGGUGUUGCAAUUCGAGCUCCACCCGGACAAAAUUGGCAUGUUCACCGUGGACGGCGUGCGUCUGGUGCUGCGGUCCGGCUCGCUUUCGUUUGAAAACCAGCUGGUGUCGGUGUGCCAGUCGCCAGACAAGCUAAAAUGGUACAGGGCGUCCAGCUCGAAAUUCAACAAGCCGUUCGAGUACGAGAUUGUCAACGGAGCGCAGAACGCGUUCGAGGUGAUCCCGAAACCGCCUGAGGUCGAUCUGCGCGUCAGCCAUGCCAGCAUCGCGUACAAGGGAGAAAAGGUGCCAAUUUCAGUCCACAUCGGCAACCAGGACCAAAACACUUUUGGUCUGCGCCUCCAUGCCACUGGAAAAGUGGCCACGACGUCUCUGAAGGUCACGUGGGCCGACGAAGCAGACCACAGCACCAGCUACCGUGUUCCUGGCGCACUGAGGCCCCAGGACUCCACAGACAUCGAAUUCUUUGCGUACCUGCCGCUGGCAGAGACAACCGGCGACACGGUGAAAAUCGACCUCCAGAUCGACUAUCGGAUCGACAACAACGAGAAUACCGUCGUCCGCAAGACCAAGCCUGUGCAGAUCCCGGUCGUCGACCUGUUUAUGACCAGCUUCAAGAUCUAUCCGUCGCUGGCGUCGCAUAUUCCGUCGCUGUUCGACGUGAGCGCCGCCGAUAUCGUUGCUGUGCCGUCGCACGACCGCUGCUGGCGCUCAAAGCUGGGUAUUGAAAACGUCUCUGCCGACGACGUGGCUAUUUUUAACGUUUCCGUGGAGAUCGUCAAAACGACGCCGGAAACGCUCAUGGAGACGACGUUCACGGACAUCCCGGUGUCGCGGCUGGGCGCAAAAAGCACCGGCAACGGCUGGUUUGAGUUCCGGUGCCGGUGUGCGGACGGCGUGUUCAAAAGGUCGACGGGGCUCGAGCUGUACCUGUCUUUUGAGUACGUUCUGCAGGGACGGCCGCAAAGUCUGACAAACCGGUACAAAGCGCUCCUUUGGAAGGGCACGCUGCCGCACAUGGACCCGCGCACGCUGGUCAGCGUCGACGACGCCGCAGACGCGCUCCACGUGACGUACGUGAUUGAAAACCCAACGUCGCGGAUCUUCCAGUUCAGCACGACGCUGUCGACGAGCGAGAACUUCAAAAUCAGAAACUACAGAAACCAGCACAACUUCUCGGUGCUGCCAUUCAUGAAACAGGUCGUGCGGCUGGAGUACGAGCAGCUCGGCGGCGAGGAGUGGACCAAGCUACCAGAGUUCCGCAUCUACGACCUGAACUACAAAAUCUACCUGAAUGCGCAACCAACAAGCGAGCGCCUGCAGUCGCGCGCAGACGGUCUGUACGUACGCAAGUAA